UUAUAAUGUAUGUACUGGUUCAACUAAUGGUUCAGCCGGUAGUUUGGUUCUGAGUUUUAAUGGUUUUUCGCGGGUUUUAUUAUAUUUUUAAAUAAUGGUUUUUUCCUAAAAUCCAAAUCGAAUUAUACAUUGGAUCACCAGGUUUACCGAUUGAAAAGCGGAUCCAGAUCGAUUUUCGAAACAGUGGAUGAAACUGUACGAGUAUAUCAUUUUAACUGUUGCGCCAACGAAUAAUUAGAGAAGAAGAGAAAAUAUUUGGGUUGGUGACUGUUUUCUAAAGUUUCAUUUUUAACGUGGCCCAACAAAAACAAAGAUAGUCUCUGAUUGGUGGAACUUGAUUAUACAAUACUCCACAUAUGCCUCGUACUUUUUCAGUUCUCCUAUUCUCAGAUUAUUCCUUCUCUUUUCUUCCCACACUAUUGAGUCUCCCCAAAACCAAAACUUUUUCCUCAGAACUCAGAUCCGAAUCCUACUAAAUUCCCUUUCCUUUCAAAUUCUUUUGCUAUAUUCCUCUUCUUGCUUCCUAUCCUAUCCUGGAGCUAAAGAAGAAAACACUCUCUUCUCUUUCUUGCAACUUUCACCAUCAAAACCAGCUUCAACCACUGUUGCUUGGGGGUGGGUUCUCUUCUAAUUUCACCACUAGAAUCAGCUUUGCGAAAGUCGUGAUUUUGAAUCGAUGGAACGGAAUCAGAAGAAGAUGGAUCACGUCAUCGGCGGAAAGUUUAAGUUGGGUAGGAAACUCGGUAGCGGAUCGUUCGGUGAACUUUAUUUAGGGAUCAAUAUUCAGACUGGAGAAGAAGUCGCAGUUAAGCUGGAGCCUGUGAAGACGAGGCAUCCUCAACUGCAGUAUGAGUCGAAGAUAUAUAUGCAUCUCCAAGGAGGAACUGGUGUUCCCCAUCUCAAAUGGUUCGGAGUCGAGGGUGACUACAGUUGCAUGGUUAUCGACCUUCUUGGCCCCAGCUUGGAGGACUUAUUCAAUUACUGCACUCGAAAGUUCACUUUGAAAUCUGUUUUAAUGCUUGCAGAUCAGUUGAUAUGCAGAGUUGAGUACAUGCAUUCCCGGGGUUUUCUUCACCGCGAUAUUAAACCAGACAACUUUUUGAUGGGUCUUGGGCGCAAAGCAAACCAGGUUUAUAUCAUCGAUUAUGGCCUUGCUAAAAAAUACAAGGAUCUUCAGACACAAAAACAUAUACCAUACAGAGAAAACAAGAAUCUAACAGGAACUGCACGGUAUGCAAGUGUCAACACGCACCUUGGGAUUGAGCAAAGUAGAAGAGAUGAUCUGGAGUCACUUGGUUAUGUGUUGAUGUAUUUUCUACGAGGAAGUCUUCCGUGGCAAGGUUUAAAAGGUGGUACAAAGAAGCAGAAGUAUGACAAGAUUAGUGAAAAGAAGAUGCUUACUCCUGUAGAGAUUCUGUGCAAGUCACAUCCAUCAGAGUUCACCUCGUAUUUCCAUUACUGUCGAUCACUGAGAUUUGAGGACAAACCAGAUUAUUCAUAUCUGAGAAGACUUUUCAGAGACCUUUUCAUUCGUGAAGGUUACCAGCUGGACUACUUGUUUGAUUGGACAACCUUGAAAUAUCCUCAGACUGGCUCUACUUCGAGACCAAGGCAGCUGACUCCCUUGGACCCUCCUCCAGGACCACCUGCAGAAAUAUCUGAAAAACCUACAGUGGGACAGGACCUCAGAGGAAGAUUUUCAGGGGCAAUUGAGGCAUUCACCAGACGAAAUGUUUCAAGCCAAGGAGCUCAUGGUGACCGCUCUAGACAAAGAUCUUCUGAUGAUGUACCCUCUUCUUCCAAAGAAGUGCACGAGUCUGAUAGAAACCCUUCUUCAAAGAGAGGUGUGAUAUCACCUGGCUCCUCAGCUGAGCCAAGCGAGAACCGCUCAAGCCGAUUAUUUUCAAGUGGAUCACGGCUGGCCACAACUCAACAGAACUAUGAGUCUAAGCCAUCAUCUGCAUCUGGAAUUAGAAGCUUUGAGCUCCUUACCAUCGGCUCGGCGAAGAACAAGAAAUGAAGAUAGGGACGAGGAAGUUGUUAAGAAUGAAAGGACAUGUAAAUGUUUCGGGAUUCGCAUCCUGUGUACAAAGAUGAGAGGGACUGAAAGAGAUGCCUAAUCUGCCUCUCCCUCGCAUUGUUUGUGUUGAAGAAAAAUAUUCAUAUCCUUAAAGUGUAACUUGUAAUGGCUACAGGUUUUUGCUUUUCUGUUUUCUAAAACUUCAUAGUAGAGAUGAAAUUAUGAAA